GCUUGUUAAAAAUGUCUUCCACCAGUAUAAACUCUCUAAAAGAAGAGAAAAGUGUUAAAAAUGAGAUAAAGUACAAGUUAACUCCCCCUGAGGGGGGUUGGGGUUAUAUUGUAGCAGUAGCUGUGACAGUUAUAGUGAAUGUUACUGCUCAACCUCAAUGCGCAUUUGGACUUAUUUUCGGUAAUUUUCUGGCCGAUAUUGGAGAUGAAACUACCGGUACCACUUUAGCAAAUGGAAUGUUCAAUACUGUAUUUUCAUUUACUGGUCUUCUUUCUAAUAUCCUCCUGCAAAAAUACUCCCAUAGAACAGUAGGUAUACUAGGAGCCACAAUUUUUAUCACCGGUCAAUUCGCAACAAUUUUUGUAACAAAUUUAAUACAAAUGGUUCUGUUUUUUGGCGUUAUCCAAGGUAUUGGUUUUGGUUUACUAUUACCAGCUGUUUACUCCUCUUUGAAUACGUAUUUCGAGAAGAGAAUAAACGUCAUGAUGGGGCUAUGUCAAUCUUUUAUGGCCGCCAUGAAUAUAGUGGUUCCCAUUAUGGCAAAAUUAUGUAUGGACACAUAUGGUUUUAGAGCCUCAGUGGCUCUAUUGGCUGCUUUGAGUCUGAAUUGUUUACCUGGGGUGUUGAGCCUGCAACCAGUCAAGAGACAUUUAAAGAAAAUACCUAUUUUGGAGCAUAUAGAAAAUAAAUAUUUGCGAAUUGAUGAUGUUAAGACCAAAUCAGUUUCAUUGAAUGAUUUGGCAACGAAAGACCAGAUGCAACCACUGAUGGAGGAAGGUUUAAAUGAAAGUAAUAUAAGACUUUAUCAGAAAUACCUUGCAACAAAACCUAGACCAUCUAUAGCAAGCUUAGGUGAACGCUUUUUGUCUAUAUCAUCAACAGGAGAAAUGGAAAGAACCUUAUCUAAAUACACCCUAAAUACUGAAGAUCAACCAAAACAAAAAUUAUUCGACUUAUCUUUGUUCAAAGACCCAAAAUUCAUCAAUAUAUCCAUAGGAAUGUCUCUUUCAUUCACUUCAGACCUAGCGUUUAUAUCAAUUCUUCCUAUGGUGUUAACGGGCAAAAACUUUACCUCCUCUGAAAUAGCUGUAUUAAUUUCAGUAUUGUUUGUAUCAGAUUUUACUUCGAGAAUAUUACUUUCUGCUGUAUCUACAGUAUUAGCAAUUAAAAAUAGACACAUAUUCUUGUUGGGUACCACUCUGUCAGCUGCGUUUAGAUGCGGUUUUUUGAUGAGCAAUGGAUAUAUGUGGACGAUGGUGAUGUGUUCAUGUCUGGGUUUUCUAAGAUGCCUAAUCCAAACACCACUACCUUUGGUCAUAACAGAAGAAUAUCCUAGCAAUUUUUCCACUGCUUUUUCUUUCUACAUGGUUAUUUGUGGGGUUAUAAGCCUUAUAUUUGGACCACUUAUGAGUUAUAUUAAAGCUGUAACUGGUAGUGAUGCAAUGGUGAUCCAUGUUUUAACAUUGGCCUAUUUAAUUUGUACUGUAACAUGGACAAUAGAAAUGAUAUUGAGUAAGCUGAAGACUAAAAAGACUACUGAAACGACAGGAAAUAAAGGAGCAAAUUGAAUAAUUUAUUUGAAUACAGUAAAUAUUUUUAUAUUUAUAUACCUAAAUGUAAAUUAAAUUUU